AUGGCAACGUUUGCCUAUACAGAGGGUGAUAUUAACCGUAUCACAUCAGCUCUUAGAGGAGCUAGGGAAUUUUUAACUAAUGAUAGUGAACGUGGAAUAGCUCAUAAACUUGAGAGAGAUUUAAAAAGAAAGAUUAGUUGGGAACUACAUGUAAACACCCUAGAAGAAUAUCUUAGACAAAAGAGAAUCCCAAGGGGUCUGAGGGUUAGGUUACAUCCCACAUUAUGUAGGGACAAUGCUGAACACCGAACAGUAUGGUAUAAAAUUCUAAACAAAUGCUCAGUGGACCUUAUGGUAUUAACCAUAGAAUCUCUACAGAAAGAAUUAACUAAACUUAUUAAAGAGAUAGCAACAGCGGAACAAGAACUAGCAGCGGUCACUGCAUCAACUGAUUUAGAAACGCUCAAAAAGCAAAUAGAAGAAAAAUUAAAAGAAUAUCAGAGAGAAACGGAAGAAUUCAAAAAGAAAAAAUUUCAUAGAGACGAAUUAGAUUACCAAAGGGAUCAAGUUUAUACCUGGUACUCUAGAGCAGAUAAUCGUCCAUACAGAUUUAACAGAGAUACAAAUACACAGAGAUGGCGCUCAGAUACAGAAGGGGCUACAUCCUCCUCCUCUGCCUCCUCGUCCUCAGGGAUGACUUUUUUAGAGAGAGGCACACGACACGAAGAAACACCAGGCGGGGGGGUUACAACAAGAAGCAUUCGGGAGAAAAGACAGGGCCGACCGCCCCAAUCGAGACGCAAUCUCUAAUACACAAUAAUAUUUCAGGUAGGCCCUUAAGCCCUAUGGAGGAGGGGACCCUGAAUAAGGGACUCUCCUUCAUUCCCACACCUCAUAUAGAGUGGCACCAAUAUGACGUCAGUUUGUAUAAAUUUUUUCGCCAACUUAAAUUACGUGCAUUUUUUUCAACAGAUCAGCACAAUUCUUGCACAGCAGCAGAAUCUACUGACAACACUGCACAGAUUACACAGGGAGAUCUAUAUGAGGAAGGAAAUAUGGAGACUGUGGGAUACUACAUUUCCGAGUCUGGUCCACGCACUGUCCUUUCCCUUGAUACAGGUUUGAAACCUAAAAGCACUUUCACACCACAUAAUAUUAAUACAUCCAUUGAUAUAUUCACCAAUCUUGUGAAAAAAGAUAUAUAUAAACUCAGGAGAAAACAUCAAUAUACACAUGGUUAUCAGAGGAAAAGUAUUAAUUUUACUAAACAAGAUUGGUCGAAUAUCAAUAAUCUGAAGAAAGAUGCAUCCAUUAUUAUCAAACCGGCAGACAAGGGGGGAGCAUUGGUGAUCAUGGAUCGUACAUAUUAUACAAAAGAAAUUGAGACCCAGCUAAUGGAUAAUACUAAUUACCUACUCAUUAGUCAAGACCCUACACACAAUCUGAAACGUACACUAGACAAGCUUAACCAAUGGGCCCUCUCUAAAAAUAUUAUCUCUGAUGGAGAAUAUAAAUAUAUGAACCUUAAAUACCCAAGAAUUCCGGUGUUCUACACCCUCCCAAAAAUACAUAAGAACCCCCUCUUUCCACCAGGUAGACCGAUAGUCAGUGGGACUGGGUCGAUAUUCCAACACCCAGCAGAGAUACUGGACAAAUUUUUGAUUAAAUAUGUCCCAUUACAGAGAUCAUAUCUUAAAGAUACGACUACAUUUCUUACACUAUUAGCAGACAUACAGAUUCCACCAGGUGACUUUUGGUUGGUAACCAUGGAUGUACAGUCAUUAUAUACUUCAAUUGACCACAAUAGAGGGAUAUAG